UGAACUCACUAAUCUAGCUCAAAAUAUUGCCCGAAUUACAGACUAGCUUAUGUUAAAAAAUGUAGUACGUAUUUCAUAUUCCUUAAAUUAAGAAAACAUUAAAAAAAAAAAAAACAAAGGAAAUUAAACGUUGACCGUCAUAGUCGAGCAAACAGAGCAAAUUUCCAGCGCCGCCAAUCACAAUUCUUCAUUUUAAUUUAGUUUUGAUUAAAAUUUAUAGUUUCAGCUGACCAAUAGAAAAAUCUCCGCUCUUCACAGUCGUCAUCGCCGCGUUUUCUCUCUCUUCAACUUUCCCGGUCAUCUUUCUCUCUCCUCCCUCUUCUCUCUCUUCACGCCGUCACUCCCAUUUUCUCUCUCUUCUCCUCUCUUCCUCCUUCUAUCUCUAUCCUCCGAUCUUCAUUGAUAUUCCAGAAAUCUCUCGAAUUCAUCUUGACUUUUCCUACCAUUUCUUCAAAUCGAAGUGAAUUUGCAGCUGUUUGAGCUAAGAGGAGAGAGAAAAGUUUCAAAUUAAGGUAUAAGUUAUGUUGGCUUUCAAUUUUUUUUUGGUGAAGUAGAUUGCUGAAGAAUUACUUACUGUUUCUGCUGAAAAUUCAUUCAAAUGAUUUGUUGAUUCUUCGGGAGUUGUGUAUUUAAGGAAGAGAUCGUGUUUGAUUUUUGUUUGGUGGUGAUAUUAUUUUGUGUGAAUUUUGAAUGAAGGAGAUAGUUGGAAGUGAGGGUGUGGAAUAAGCAAUUAAACACUUGAUCUAGGGUUUCUAGGGUUUUGUAAUUGAUUUUAGGGUUUUAUUGGUGGUUGCUGGGGAUAUUAUUCAAUCAGGUGGUGAAUUUUGGUAAAUGUUGCUCGUUUUUCAAUGCAUCACUUGUCUGGGAUUUUUUCUCAUAAGAAGCUGAACAAGAAAAUGGACCAAGUAUCAUCUCCCAAACCAAAGCUUGUACGAAGAAAUGCUGCCAAGAACUUUGAUUACACUCCUUCAGCUUCGACAUCACCAUCGACCAGUGGUUCUUCAGCGCCACGAACGCGGUCACUUGACUUGGGCGUUGUUGUUGAAAAGACUAGCCUUCGGUGUGAAGGGAAUGCUGGUGAAAUUGAAUGGAUUUGUCAGAGCUUAGGGCUUUCUGGACCUGAAGACUUUCAGAUUCCUCAGGCAGCUUACCAGGCUAUGAAGAAUAGAUCAUCUUCGGAUGUUACUCCGAGGACUAAAAAGGAGCAACUUGAUGGUGUUGAUCUUAAAGUACCAAUAAAGCAAGAGGAGGUUCAAAAGUUUGGUGAUCGUAUGCCUCAUAGAUUUGGAAAUAGUGCUCAGAAGAAUGAAAUCAUUCAGAAUGAUCGCAUUGGCAACGAGUUUAGGCCAUGUGGGCCUGCUGUUUUUCCACAUCAGGCUGAUAAUAGUGUGAGACCUGUUUAUGGAGGUGGAGGUGGAGGAAUUAAAGGUGAUCGUCCUCCAUUGCUUACCCCUCCGCCAGCAAUGUCUCUUCCGGUUCUUGAUGAUCAAUGUUCUACCUGGGAGUUAUUAAAAGGGUUCGCACCUGAUGAUAACAAGCCCCUUCGCGUUCCAUAUGUUGACCAAACUCAAUCUUCUGAUGACGAGGAGGAUAUUAGCAGAGAGGGAAGUCAGGGGGUAAGGAUUGGGGAAACUAUUAUGCUGUCAGGAUCUUGUUCUUUCACCACUACAAAUGAUGAUGACUCAUCUAGUUCAACCACGGAACCUGUAUCGAUUAUUUCACCAAACGGAGUCUGUAAAGUUAAUAUAACCCAAUGGAUGAAAGGCUCUCAAUUAGGAAGGGGUUCAUUUGGAACUGUGUAUGAAGGAAUUUCUUGUGAGGGAUUCUUUUUUGCCGUAAAGGAAGUUUCACUGCUUGAGCAAGGAAGUCAAGGAAGGCAGAGUAUCUACCAACUUGAGCAGGAAAUUGAGCUGCUUAGUCAGUUUGAACAUGAGAAUAUAGUUCGAUAUCUUGGCACUGAAACGGCUGACUCAAAACUGUAUAUCUUCUUAGAACUCGUGACUCAGGGUUCCCUUGCAAAACUGUAUCAACAGUAUCGCCUUCGGGAUUCCCAUGUAUCUAAUUAUACAAGACAGAUUCUACUGGGUUUGAAAUAUCUUCAUGAUAAAAAUGUGGUGCACAGGGAUAUCAAAAGUGGCAACAUCUUGGUGGCUUCGGAUGGAACCGUAAAACUAGCAGAUUUCGGAUUGGCAAAGGCAACCAGAUUAAAUGACUUGAAGUCUUGUAAAGGGACCGCAUUCUGGAUGGCACCUGAGGUUGUUAAUCAGAAAAAUAAAGGUUAUGGACUGCCAGCAGAUAUCUGGAGCCUCGGAUGCACUGUCUUGGAGAUGCUAACCGGCCAUGUUCCCUAUUAUCCUUUAGAAUUUAUGCAAGCACUUUUUAAGAUCGGGAACGGUGAGGCACCUCCCAUCCCUGAUACUUUGUCCAAAGAUGCUCGCGAUUUUAUCCAACAAUGUCUACGUGUGAAUCCAAAUAAUCGUCCUACAGCGGCUGAGCUCUUGGAACAUCCAUUUUUACGGAGACAACUUUAUGCUCCAUUAGGCUCAGAGUCACCUAUGAUGCGCGGGAAAUCAAUUUGAGUCUCUUGUCACUUGUAAUUAUUUUGUGGAGAUAAUAUGUACAUUUGGAGUUGCAACGUGUUCAGCAGAGUGUAUCAAAUAAUUGAGUGACAUAUUUGAUUCCUGUAUGCAAGAUUAUCCAUCUGAAAGAAAAGAAAAAACCAAAAAGUCAGAGGGAUCUCUGUACGCAUCCUACUCUGGAUGAGUUAUUAAAUGGUCCUGGAUGGCUGGCUAGCCCCGCCAGCGUGCUUUGAUUCCUACCUCGCGUGAUUCCAACUCCCUUAAUUCAGGGAUACUAAAAAUGCAGAGGACAAUCUGUAAUAUAAUAGUCUAGGUUUUGGGGCUGUGUUUGUAUCUGUGAUCUGAAAAUUAGUUAGCAUAUGAUGAUGGAAUCUUGAUUUAUGAAUGAUAGUUUAUUACUGUAUGUAGGAAGAUGGGUUUAGGCUUUUGUACACAACUGUAAUUUUUUUUUGUCAGAAACAGUUUUAUUCAGAUCUAUCCUGUGACGAUUGUAUGUUGUUCCUUCUCUUUUACUUCUACAGCCCGUACUCAUAUUGGUUUAAUACUUUUUUGGGAUUAUUAAGCAAAGUUAA